AGUGCUAUUAUGAUUUGGUCUUUCAUCCUUUCCACAUAUAUGCUCUUAAACUAUUGUUUUCUUAUUAUAACUCUGUGAUAUACAUUCGCUUACAUAUCUUUGUUGCUCGUGUUUUGAAAAAAUAAACAGGGUUUACCGUUUCAACAUGGUGAUAUUUUACACGUUGUGAAUGCUAGUGAUCGUGAAUGGUGGCAAGCUAAACGAAUUUCUUUAGUAUCCGAUUUUGAAAAUGCUGCUCAUGUAAAUUCGAUGCAUUCAACAACAGAUAAUACUAAUAAUAAUACUAUUAAUAGUAAUACACAAACAUCUACAUUACUCUCAUCUACUACCGGACUUGGAAUAGUUCCUAGUUGUCAACGUAUCGAAAGACGUCAGAGAACACGAUUAAAACGUGUGAAUUUUGUUGGUAAAGUCACUGUGAUUGGUUCAACAUCUUAUCCGCAUACUACUACUAUUAACAACGCCAAGGACAGUAACACAUCAUCAUGUGUUUCUAAUUCAGGAAUAAUGAAUUCUUCCCCCUGGGAUAUUGGUAACAAUGAUUUUACUAUACAUAAUAACAAUAAUUGUGCUACAACUACUACUUAUAAUAAUAAUACGUCUGUGGAUGCUGGUAUCAGUUCGAAUAGCAGUGAAACGUUAAGAAAUAAUUCUCUUGAUAUGAAUAUGAGAAAUAAUACACCUAUGGAUUUGCCUAUUGUAUCUAAUUCAACUGGUACUGAUACGAAGAAGAAGAGAUCUGGUAGUUUAACAAGAAAUCUACUAAAGUGUUUCUCUCAUCGAUCUAUUAAAAACGAUUCAAUUGGCGCAUUGACCGUUACACGAACCGGAUCUUUGGAUGGAGUUAAUCAGAACAGACACCCUGUAAUCCGAAGUUAUGAUCUUGUAGUUCCAGUCACUAUUUCUAUGGCACGUCCUUUAAUAUUUUUCGGUCCAUUGAAGGAUCGCAUUAUUGACGAAUUAUUAUUGCAUGAUUCACAAUUUACAACAUGUGUAUUACACACAAAUAGACCACAACGGUCAAAUGAACGUAAUGGUGUUGAUUAUUAUUUUGUACCAUCGAAAUCAAUUAUGGAAGAAGAUAUUAAACAAGGCAAAUAUAUUGAAGUUAAUCGCUUUCAAGAUCAUUACUAUGGUACAAGUUUAGAAUCGGUCCGAUCGAUUCUUCAGUCAGGACGAAUAUGCAUUUUAGAUGUUGGCUUAGAUGCUGCUAAAUAUUUAGAAGAGGUUGGUUUAUUUCCUAUAACUAUUCUAUUGAAACCGAAAUCGGUCAUACAUUUACGUUCAUUACAACGUCGAUUAACAGAAGAUCAAGCUAAACGAUCAAUGGAACAAAUACACAAUAUUGAAGAUGAGAAUUGGCGUUUUCUUUCAGCAAUUAUAACCUAUGAAAAUUUUGACAAUGUAUUAUUAUCUGUUAAAAAUUAUGUUCAAUUACAUAGUGGUCCAGUAAUUUGGGUACCUUCAGCAUUAUCUACCUUACCCGGUGUUCAAUGUUUAACAAGUACACCUAAGAUCAAUUAUCAUUCAAUUGUAACUGAUCCAAUUAAUCAUCCUCAACAUAAUGUUAAUAAUAAUAAUAUUAACACUACAACUAAUGAUAAUAAUAAUAAUAAUAAUAUUAGUGCCUUACAAUCAUUAUCUAUUCAAUCUGUAAAUUCAACAGAAUAAGACUCUGACCAUCAUUGAAACAAUCCAUCAUGUAAACAAGAUUUGAUAAUUGAAAACAACAACAACAACAACAACAAAAGAGGUUUCAGUGAAUGAAUUAGAUUCAGAAUAUAAAAACAAACUGAAUUGAUUUACAUGUUUUUAAGAUUGUUUCUUUUAUUUAUUUAUUCAAUGAUCUCUAAUUGUUUAUUUACUUCUCUGUCUAUUGUAUACAUUACAAUUUUAUUUUAUUUUAUUUUUACAUUGUUACAUUGUUUCUAAUUCAUUUCACUUGUAAACUACAUGUUUCUUCUUACUAUUUAUUUACGGUAUAUAUUCUAUGUGUAUGCAUUGUUAUUCUGGAUUCAUUUUUGUAUUGGCUAUCAUAUUGUCUCUUGAAUGUAUCAUUAGUUUGUUUCUAUGAUUCUAUUCAUUUUUAUUUUGCAUUUUCUUGGUCACUUUUUAUCGAGUUAAUUAUUCAAUUAUACAUAUACAUGUGUCUGUUGUAUAUUUUAUAUAUAUAUAUAUAUAUAUAUAUAUAUAUAUAUAUAUGGUUUAACUUUUUUCGUUAUAAGCUAUUGAAUACUGCUUGUUUUAGUGAUCAAGAUGUUAACAUUUCAAUCAAUAAUUUUUGGUGUUCAAAUCCCUACCUACCUAAUUGUGUUUAAACUGAAGGAUAACAACACAAUAGUCUUUACAGAUAAACAAUACUGUUCAAAGUCGAGUUGAAUCAUAUUGAACAUUCUUGUUUUACUGUCUUCUACGAUAUACUUUUAUGUACUAUGCAUGAUCUCUUACUUCAUCGUCAUCAUCAUCAUCAAUAAUCUUAUUGAAAGAGAAUGUUUAGUUUUUAAUUUAUCAAAUCGUAAUUGAUUGUUUAUUUUUAAACGAAUUAUACCAACAACAAAAAAAACAUUCCUCUUAUUUUAUAAUUCUUUCCAUAGUAGAAAUAAUGAGAAUGAUCUAUCAUGAUGAUGUAAUCAUUCAAUAUCCAUUUGAAUUUUUCUUUUUUUAUUCAUAUGAAGCAACGUUAUGAACAUCUUUAGCAUCAACAACAACGUUCAUGAUGACGAUGAUCUCUGAGGAUAUGAUAUUUCACCAAAAAAAAACCCACUAUAAACAAAUUGUUAAUCUAUAUUGAAUAAAUAAUGUGAAUAAUUUUGUAGAUUUGUGUUUGUGUUUUUUUUCUUCUUCUUCUUCUGCUUUAUGAAGUCUACUUAUUGCUAUGUAUGAAUGAUAAUGAUAUAUAUUAUAUAUUCUUUAUAUUCAAUAUUGAUGAUAACUGAAAUGAUUUUUGUUAAGUGUACGUCGAUGAGUGAUGUUUAAGUAGUGACAUAUAUAUAUGUAUAUACAAUUACAUGUAUCUUAGUACAUUAAAAUAGAGAGUGAUUGAAGCAAGAUAGAAUUCUUCUUCAUAAUUUACUUCAUUUGACUUUGAUUAAUAAAUUUUACAUCCCAGUGUAAUAAUGUCAAAAAAUGAAUCUUUUCAUAGUAUUUUAAUGUUUAAUGUUCUGUUUUUAUUGUGAACUAAAAAUAUAUAUAUAUAACUUAAUUCAUUGUCAAUCUAUAUGAAUAUUUAUCUAUGAAUUGAAUAUAUUUAUAUUCCCCCCCCGCCCUUUCUGUGUUUAUGUAUUGUCAAUGAUUAAUUUGUACAUAGGACAUAAUGAUACAGUGUAUAUUUUUAUAUUAUAAAGUGUUAGAAUGUUGCUUGUAUAUGUGUGAAUGUAUUUUUUUUUCGUUUUUAAAGACAAUUCUUGCCUCUCUAUUUUAAUUGCAUAGCAACUACCUCUUCUUUUUUUAUGUAUGAACAAAAAAACAAUAGUUUUCUCUAAUGGUUCACAAUUUGUAAAUAAUCAUGAAAUUUUUUUAAAAACAGAUAUUAACAUUAAAUUCUUGUUAUUACUCUUUAUAAAAUUGAAUUAAAUCAUUGACAUUGUUCAAUGCAUAUCAUAUUUUAAUAUCUUUAUAAAGAUGAUUAAAUUAGCAUUGGAUCAUUGAAUUUGAUCAUAUGCUUACGUUAAAGUAUGUAUACACAAACUCAUGUAUACAUUCACUUAUUUUUAUGUAUACCCUUUUUUUUUGAUUCAGUAGUCGGUCAUUUUGUUUUAACAAAUUAGUGUUGUAGUGAUGCUCUGCUAUUGUUGAUAAUAAUAAUAAUAAUUAAGGAUGAUCAUAGUAUCUUUCUCAGAGUUGAGAAAUCAAAAUGAUCUAAUAAAAUUGUAUACAUUAUUUAUUUUAUACGUCUAUUCAACUUAUUACCGUGUUCUUGUUUUUUUUGUUCCUUUUAAAUUCAGUUAUCCUAUUUAAAUGAUUAUGUGAAUGUGUGUUUUUUUUUUAAAAAAAAAUAUAAACCAUGGGGUACCUACUUAAGUACACACACUAACUGCUGACUUGUUGUAAUGAAUUUUUCUUUGUGUUUUUCUAACUGUGCUGAUGAAACUUUUUUCUUAUGAAAUAGAAAAAAAAAUAGAUUCAUAGUGAAAUUGAUCAUCUUUCCCUGUUUUGGUUGUCUGUUUAACAUUGAACAUCUUUGUUUAUGUAAUGGUAU